AAUCAGUAACAAGUACUUGCAUCAUUGCAUCCUGGACAUCUAGCAAAGCCGUCUCUGUUGCGUUUGCAACAUUCCCCUGGGUGUUGCCACUCUGCUUGCUGCUUCCAUUAUCAUAGCACCUGGUACGGAAGGCAACUAUGGCGUUUAUCAGUGCCAAACACGGUUGCAGAGGUUUGGCUGGAGGGGCUCGAAAUGUGCCAAGGCUGCGCGAACGUGUGGCGCGCUCAGCACCCACCGCUGGCACGACCACCGGUCAUCGCGUUGCCUGGGUGCAUCCAGUUCGCGCCGCCGCGGCGGACGACCAAGGUGUGGCUGCAGAGACUCAGCGGUCGCCCGCGUCUGAGCCUGCCCCGGAGCCCGCGCUGGACGCGCCUGCGGCUGCUGCCCCCGCUGCCGCCAACACCGUGUUGAGCACCAGCUCCAGCACUUCCGCCAAUGGUGGCGGCGGCGGCCAGGAGGCAUGGCAGCCGUCAGCUGUGCGCACAGCCCGGCGUGUUGAACGACUCAAGGUCUCGCUGCUCGCGGCGCUGUCGUCUCUGGAUCGCGGCCUGGCUGCUAAUGCGCGUGAGGCGGCCGAGGUGGACGAGCUGUGCAGCCAGCUGGAGGGGCUGGGUGGGCCGGUGGCGCUGGCUGCACCGGCCGCAGGGGGGCAGCAGGGCUCCGCCGCCGCCUCUUCCUCGUCUGGCUCCAGCGCCCCCUCGGACCUUCUGGCGGGCACAUGGCGGCUGGUGUACAGCAGCGGCUUCAACAGCGGCAGCCUGGGUGGGCGCCGGCCAGGGCCUCCCGCCGCGGGGUUCCCAGCCACCCUGGGCCAGGUGUACCAGCGUAUCGACCCCUCCACCUCCAAGCUCGACAACAUUGUGGAGCUGUUGCUGAGCCCUCCGCCCCCGCUGGCGGCCCUGGGCAGCCUGGGCGGACUGCUGGGCGAGGGGCUGGGUGGCCUGGCCGGUGCGCUGCCACAGGGCCCACUGCGGGAUGCGGUGGCGCCGCUGGCGGGUGCGCUGGCGGGCAGCGCGCGGGUGCCGGCGCCGGACGCGGAGCGCGAGUCUCCGGCUGCGCGGCUGACGCUACGGCAUGACUAUGAGGUCACGCCCCCCUGCGGUGUGCGCAUCUGCUACGAGGAGACGUAUGGCGAGCUGGUGGGCUCCGACCUGUUCGCGCCCCUGCCGCGACUGGAGGCGCCGCAGCUGCCGGAGCCGCUGCGGCCGCCCAAGUUCCUGAGGUCCGCCUCCUUUGACGUGACGUACCUGGACUCCACCGGGCUGCGCAUCACCCGCGGCGACCGCGGUGAGCUGCGGGUGUACCUGCGCGACAGCGACCCCGCGCCCAGCGGCGGCGGCAGGGGGGGCGGCGGCGGCAGCAGGGCGGCCAUGGACCUGGACUACGACGACUGAUGAUGGACUUAUGGGGGUGGGGGGGCUGGGUGAUGGGCUGGGCUGUGGGACAGGAGAAUUAUGUUGUUGUUGUGUGUGGGUACAAGGUGGUGAGCACGAUAUGCAGUCCUGUCCCUGAUACGUAUGGCAUCGAGUGGGGGGGGGUCUCGUGUCAUCCCAUUUGCAAGAAGGAACCAGAGACAUAAGGAGUAGGACGAGACACGUGAUGCAAACACUGUGGUACGUAGUGCUUGUGUGCGAUGGCGACAGUAGUGCUCGUGUGGGACGGCGACAGCAAUGCUUGUAUGGGACGGCGAUGGUGAACCGUAGUUAGCCUGCACACGCAGGCAAGAUGUCGCUACUGCUGCUGCUACCAUUGCCACCCUCCAAUUAGGGUGCUGCAGCAAGCGAAGGGGAGUGCUAUGGGUUCAGGUCUAGCAUGGGCUCUUGGUUGAUGAUGAAGGGGAUAUUGGUCAGGUCGCAGAUGACUGGACGAGCACCAGCGUGGACAGCUUCUUGAGCAGGGGUGGUAUGCCGGAGGAGGCGUGCCGGGUGAGGACACCUGGGGACGGGCGGGUGGAUGGGCAAGGUGGGUGCGCAGGUUAUGGCUGUUAAACAUUUCUCUUGGCUCCUUACUGCUAGGGGUGUUUUCAGUGCUCGUAUCUUCCUUCUUUUUGACAGAAAUUUGCCCAAAAAAGCCUCCGGCGGAAGAAAUUUUGUAUUCUUGAGGCCAAAAAUCUGUCAAAACGCUUCAGGUUUUGGGGGGUCUUUCUGAGAAUCGCAGAAGACAUUUUAGGGCGUUUCUGUCACUUUUCCGGGCCCAAGGCAAGGGUGACUGAGGUUCCCCAGGAUAACCUACGGCCGUGUCCUGCUGGCACCAUGGGGACACACCACGAUAGGCCAGCCUUCUACCAGAGGAGUCAUGCCGUGGGUGAGUGAGUAUGAUUAGCGUGGGUGAGGGCAUUCCCAGGGCCUGUUUACGAUCCUGUUAGGCCGCUUGCGAUCCUGUUAGGCAGCUUGCGCUAGCGGUGCUUUCCGCAUGGUGCAGCUAUACUGCCUGGCACUUUGAGCAGUUUGGGGUAUGAGUUUGGCGUGUGUAGUUAGCUAGAGAUG